CAGAAAAGUAAAUAUGAACUCAACUGAUGAUUUUAUUAUCUAUUACAUAGAGUGGGUUUUUUGGUUUUGUUUAUAAACAAAAAAACAAACAAGCAAAAACCCCAUUAUGUUGGACAGGUUCCAACAAAGGAUAGGAAAGGUUUAAGGGCUUCUGAGGGAACAGGGGAGCAGAAGUGACAAAGUGACUUGGGCAGAGGGAAAGGGCUGCGUCCCCUGGGCGCCUCCAGCGCCUGGAAAGUCAGGCAGAGCGCUGGUCACCUGCAGGGGCUUCGGGACCUCGGCGCUCAGGCUGCAGUCCGGACACUUCCGGACAGGGUGGCCUAGGGCAGCCGAGCACGGGACAAAGGCUGACCAGCCCGGGACAAUGGCGGCCCUGCCUGCUUUACAGAGCGUGUGUCUGGAAGAAGAGGAACCGUCCACAGAAAGCCCCCAGGCGCCUCCUUCAGAUUGGGGGGCAGACCAUGACGUUCCAGGAAGAUUCCGGCGUCGGCUUCAGCCUGCAGGUGGGACUGGCCGGGGUCAGCCUGCAGGUGGAACCGGCCUCAGCCUCGGACCGCUAGGAGCUUCUCCUUCCCCAGGACCCGGAGCCGGGGGCUCCCGCGCUGUUUCUGGGGCGCGCGGGCACAGCAGGAUGCCCCUCGUGGUAGGUGAUAUGAUGAAGCUGCUUUGCACCGUCUCCGAGGGGAGGAAGAUGCAGGCGGCCGUCAAGCACUCGGGGAGGGGCGCCCUGGUCACCGGGGCUGUGGCCUUUGUCGGUGGUCUGGUCGGUGGCCCACCAGGAAUAGCCGUUGGGGGGGCCGUCGGGGGUCUGCUAGGUGCCUGGAUGACAAGUGGACAGUUUAAGCCAGUCCCGCAGAUCCUAAUGGAGCUGCCCCCUGCCGAGCAGCAGAAGCUCUUUAAUGAAGCCGCUGCCAUCGUCAGUAACCUGGACUGGACAGACGUUGCGCAGCUGACCGCGCUGGUCAUGGGCAGCCAGGCCCUGCAGCAGCAGCUGCUGGCGAUGCUCACAGACUAUGUCACCAAGGAGCUGCGGGCCGAGAUCAGGUACGUCGACUAGGCCGCCCCUGCUGGGCAGUAGGGGCUUUGUCUACAUGAUUCUGUGACUCUAGGACAGUGCCUGGAGAGGGCGGGGAAGCCCAGGGGUGUCCCCCUGAGAAAUCUCUGCACCUCCAGUGUGUCACCUUAAACUGGAACAGAAUCGCCUGCUGCAGAGGCUGCUUGUAUGUUGUGCAGUGUUCCAGAAAUCAUGUAUGAAGAAGCCGUGUUUUGGUGGCUGUGUGCACUAGUGUGCAGUGGCGGCCCUGGGAUGACCUCCCAGGGAGAAGCAAAGGCCUCCCUGCUGUUGGCGGUCCUUGCAGCUUCCCACUCCAUCUCACCACGGAGGGUCUGGAGGACAUUACCAGCUUCAGGUGACUUUCUGGCUACACUUGAUUCUCCUCCCAGGGGCCUUUGCAUCUUUUGAAGACAACUCCUCUUCUAAGCACCUGUCACAGGACGGGACCCCACCCCACCCUAAGGCCUUGGGGUCUCAGGGCCUUGCAGGGGCCCAUGCUGGAAUUGGGUCUGCCUCAAGAGCACACCAGCGACUGCUGGGUGACUCAUGCAGGGGUGGUCACUGUCGAGACAAGCCAAAACGCCUAGCGCUCUGGCGCCUGCUCCUGCUAGCUACGUGCCUAGGCUGUCGGCUUCCUAGGGCCUUGCAGUCAGUCCCUAUCUGAAGAGUCUUGGUAGUUCUUGAAUUAUGCCUUUUAAAAUGAAGUAUUUUCAGUAAGAAGUGCACCCUCACUCACCUCAGAGCUAUUGUGAGUUUAGUCCCAGAUCACAAGAAGGGGACUAUCACAGCAAAGCCAGUCACAUGUUGUUUGGUUUCCCGGUGCAUGUAAAAGUUAUGUUUACGGGACACUGUUGUCUUUUAAAUGUGUAAUAUAUCUAGAGAACACACAUACCUUAAUUUAAAAAAUACUUAAUUGGCCGGGCGUGGUGGCUCAUGCCGUAAUCCCAGCACUCUGGGGGGCUGAGGCAGGUGGAUUGCUUGAGCUGAGUAUUUCAGCGUGAGCAAGACCAAGACACUGUCUCUAUUAAAAAUAGCAAAGUUAGCCAGGUGUGGGCGGGAGGCUGAGGCAGGAGGAUCACUUGAGCCUGAGAGUUUGAGGUUGCUGUGAGCUAUGAUGAUGCUAUAGGACUCUACCCAGGGCAACAGAGUGAGACUCUGUCUCAAAAAACCCCCAAACAAUCCCCCAUCACCAAAACUCUAUUGCUUCUGACACAGAGACAUGAGGUGAGCACACACAGCUGAAGAGCAGAUAUUGACAGGCUUGCUGGAUGCAGGGUUGAUGACAGCAUUCAGUUUGUAAAGCACCCGGUAUCUCAAAGUGCCAUAAAUUCAGGGAUUCCUAUAUUGCUCUUUCUGAAGGGGUGAGAUCACAAACAUCUAAGAAAUGUGUCCACCGGAAAGAUUUUCUAGUUCAGUUGACACUUUAUCUAUGGGGUUCUGACUCUAUGCGUUCAACCACUGGAUUAAAAAUAUUUGGAAAGGGCGGCGCCUGUGGCUCAGUCGGUAGGGCGCCGGCCCCAUAUCCCGAGGGUGGCGGGUUCAAACCCGCCCCGGCCAAACUGCAAACAAAAAAUAGCCGGGCGUUGUGGCGGGCGCCUGUAGUCCCAGCUACUUGGGAGUGAGGCAAGAGAAUGGCUUAAGCCCAGGAAUUGGAGGUUGCUGUGAGCUGGGUGAGGCCACAGCACUCUACCGAGGGCCAUAAAGUGAGACUCUGUCUCUACAAAAAAAAAAAAAAAAAUUUUUGGAAAAAUUUUGCAUCUGUACUGAACAUGAAUGGACUUUUUUUUUUGUCAUUAUUCCCUGAAGUACAAAUGCAGGACCUCGGCUGCUCACAGGGCCUUGACAGCAGGUCAGGCACCAUAGUAUUACGGGAGGAUGGACACAGAUUACGUGCAGAUAGCACGACGUUCUUUAUCCAGGACUCAAGAUUUUGGGUUCCAAGAAAGGUCCUGGAACUACACUGCCCCACCCCCCAGCCCAGAUACUCAGGGACAGCCGCCCUGUAUUCACAACUUGACUAUCAUCAAACUACAAUAAAUACUUUCUCCUGAAAAGUCAUCCUCCCACGUAUUUUGUGCAAACCCUUCUCUGACAUUCAAAGUCUUACAAGUGGAACAGAAGGGAAGAUACCAGAUUUGUGGCUUUGUCCAUAGACUGGUCCCUGGAGGUGUGGAGGGAGACACUCCUGAGGGCCAGCCACAGGAAAACCCGGAACCCCGGCCCCUCUGCAGGUGUAAAGAGAACAUCAGGGUGAGGUGUAACCCACAGCGAUGGAGGAGGGGUUGAGAGAGAAGAGCCUUUCUCUCUCAGAGAAAUCGCUCUUCACCUGGCCUCAGCUAGCACAGGUCAGGUGCCCUCGCUAAGGCCACACUCCUGGAGUUAAUGAAGCCACUUCACUCAUUUAGGGGUGGCUUGGAGUAAUGGGGCAGGGCCGGGCCGGGGUAGGGAGAAGGUCAUCUGUGAAGGCUGAGCAUGGCCUUUCUUGUUGGAGUGAUCACUUCUGCUCUUCCUGCUAAAUAAGUCCAGCCUAUGAUCUAAAAAUCAGAGCAUGACCCUCCC